UGGAGAAAAGAGAUUUUUUACCGUCUUCCUGUGAUCUAUCAAAAAAUAAAGUUAUGAAAAUGGGAGAUAUUUUCAGUUGAACAAAAUCAUAUGUAAUUACAUCUAUUUACUUAUUUUGGUAUAAAAAAGAGAAAUGGUGACUAGGGUGGUUUAGCGACACGCAUGGGUUUAGGAAGAUCGGUCUAAUCAAAAAUUGAAUUUAAAUGACGGAUCGAAUUAUCAAGACACGUACCGUUUUAUAAUGAAAACCAAUCUAACUAAUUAUAGUGGAAUGUGUUAGCUAACUAUUGACGAAAAUCUGAGAGUUUUGUGUGUAUAAAAAACAUCGCAGUUUUUCUCUAAGAAAAAGUCAAAGUACAACUUCAUUUGGACCAAGGGAAUUCAUACUUUUGAUCGCCAGACAAGAUGCAUGCAAAACAGUUAGCAGCGAUGUUGGUUGUGUUUAAUAUUUUCGGAAAUUGUGUGAAUUCAAAACCAACGACACAAAAACCGUUAUUAGCUGACAUACCAAAAGCAGUGAACAACUUUCAGAAACGUUUAAAAGCAACUGAGGAGGAGAUCCAAACGAAGAAAAAGACGGUAGCUAUAUGGGGUGGCUGUGAUGAGGAAUGUCAGAAGCAAACAGAAGUGUAUAACGCCAUGAAAGAGUUACAAGCAACAAAAAGACCUGUCUUCACUCUCUCGAUAGAAGACUUAUUGACAAAGCAUGAUUAUUUUGACGACGACGACACAGACUGGUAAUAAAUUUAAGCACAAGGAUGGAAAGUAACGAGGUGUAAUCCCAAGCACGUUCAAUCAUCAGUGAAGAUUUCUCAAAAUGACAACUGAAGCACAAAACUUUCAUUUGCGAUUUCGGAACUUGUUAGCAAAAUAUCAGUUAGAAUUAUACCCAUUUCUUGUUUGGUUCAAGUCAGUUUAAAGAACACUAAACAAAUGGUGGAUGGCAUAUAGCCAUGACCAACAGGUAUAGAUUAAAAACGACAUUUUUGUACGGUUUUUAAAAUGAAAAAUUGUUUUAAUUUUGUAAAUUCAAAUUUAAGUUAUAUAUAUAUAUAAAACGUGUAUCUAUUAUGAACAAGGUAUUUUUUUCCUGUUUUGGUUGUUCAUCUUCAAAUACGAUUUCAUGUUUCAGGUUUUAUUUUAUUUUUUAAAAAUCCAAACUUUUUUUUGUAUGUUGUCACAUAGAGAACAAAGAAACAAGUCAAACAAAAUUUUUAUUCAUAUUUGUUUAAUUUUUUUGCACCACACUUUUAUUUUACUAAGCGAUAUAAAGAAGAUUUAGGGAAAUGUAAUUAAAAUGUUGUGUAACCCAGCUUUAGCAGGUGAAGUCUUUGGUUAAAAAAAAAGAACUGUUAAAUUUGUUAAAAAGAAACAAAUAAAAAAAAACAUCCUAAAAGUUAGUAAAUAACAAAGAUUUGUUUCUAAGAAUAUCGUUUAAAUAGACCAUGCGCCAUUAUGGAUUGCGUAAGAUUUAAGUUAAACUUUGGACCCUAUGAAUGCUAUAUAUACACUCAUACCUUUUUUUCACUUAAACCUAUCUGUAUUGCUAAAGCCUCCCAAUAAUAUAAAAACAAAAACCGCUUACUUGUCACCUAAAAAAUAAGAAAAAUAAGUGACGCAAUUUGGCGCCUAAAAACCAAGAGUCCGCAAAAUCUCUUUUUGCUUGAACAAAUAAUCCAUAAUGGCUGCAGGAUUUAUAAAUUUAACUUUACGAAUUUUGUACAUAUUUAAGUUUAAUCGUUUUGUUUCAGUUAUAAUAAAAUUUUUUUUAGAGGAUGAUUAUAAAUAAAAAAAAAAUAAAUAAAUAUAUAAACGAA